CCAGAUGGGAUAAAAUUAAUACCGUCCGUUCCGUUCGGUCGUAUUUUAUCCGGCGGGGCGAAACGACACCUCGAACUCAAAGAAAUUGUUUUCCAACGACUCGUUUCCAUACUAGUUAUGGUUGCUGCUGCAAAAACAGCUGACUCGUUCAGUCGUUUUGCACGACAUCGCUAUUUGCAAUUUGCAACGUUCUUUGGUAACGUAUGCUAAUUUUAUUAUCUCAGCAACACUGUAUUCAAUAUAGAAUGCGCGCAUGCAAAUUGAAAGCUGUAAAAACGGUGUCGCGGUCUGUGCCUCGCGGGAAGCGAGCGAGAUUAUCAUUUCUAAUGUUGAAUAUGUAAAUGCAUAAAUCGUUCGAUGAAUCGAUGAAAACAAGGUGUUACGAGUAACCGAGGCCUAGAGCCAGUUCACACGUGCCAGUUUCCUGCAUGCGAUAAACAUAUUGAUUUACGGACGCUGCACAGAAGGGCAGCACUUUGACCAGAGGUACGCAUAAUUCGCAAUUAUCGAAUUGGGGAACGCGCACGAGAGGUACGUUCUCUCUCUCUCUCCCGCUCACUAUCUAUUUAUCUAUCCAUCUAUCUGUAUAUCUACCAAUCUAUCUCGCUCUUUCUCCAUGAUAAUAACUGAACGUAAUUACAACGCGAUGAAACGAGAUAUCGUUUCUAUUUACGAGCCAAAGCAACUUUCUUAUCACUUCCGCGUGCAUACUCGCCCCGCAGGAAGUCGAUCGAACCAUCGACGAAAAGGUAUAAAAGGUCUACGCGUAUAUCUGUCGAGAUUUUUCUCUUUCCUGGAAAAAAGAAUACGAACACGGCAGGUCGACUAUCGAAAAGUAGAAAAAUAUAUCAGCGCGUCUCACUUGCAAUUUCCGAUUUCUUGGAACAAGGUAUACAUGUCCGGAUGUGAAACAGAGUGGGUAACCGGAUUAAAGGUAUCGCUAGUUUUGUCGAGCAUGUGACCGUACGAGCGGACGUCUUCAUCAGGGAACUACCAAUCAGGAUGUGUGCUCGUGGACAAAAAGUGGACGGUCCAUCUGAAGAAAGAAGUAAAUAGAAGGCAAAGGAUACAGAAGAAGAGAGAGAGAGAGAGAGAGAGAGAGAGAGAGAUAAAGCUAGAGGAGAGAAGAAUGAAAGGAAAUAUACGAGGGACAGAAGUCGAGAGGGACGUGGCUGAAAAGCUUUUAAUGGCACCAACGGGCAAUGAGAAGACGAUCGAGCGGGUAGCUCGAGUCGAGGGAACAAUUACCGCAAAACGACGCCGUGGUCGAUCUUACGGCUCGUCCAAGUGGAAAUCGGAGCGUACGAAAGGCGGGCAAAAAGCGCGAGGUAGGCAGCGUGUCAUCGCCGAUGGCGCGCGCCUCCCUCUUUAAUUCAUGAACCGAACGGCAGCUACGAGAACAGAAGAUCGGAAGGCAACCGAUGAUCGGCAACCCGAUAAUCUUCCAGACUUUCUUGCCUGCCUAGCCGCGGCGUACAGUUGACAGUUGGGGAAUCCGCGCGCGGCUUCGAUCCUAUAAGGUUCCGACACGGACGAAGAAACUUUAGUCGAUUCCUCGAAGGUUGCCAUGUUUAGGUCGAACACCUGUGCGGACUUUUAUGGACGUCUUCCCACUCGGGGAACGACAGUCCCGAUCGGAAAAAGAAAUCGGUGCUCGAGUGUCGCCAGAAAUGAUGCAUUAAGUGCUUCCGUCGCUCGAGCAUCGCGCAAAAACGGCUCGACGCCGAUCCGAAUCGAGUGCGGCUAUUUACGAGUCGAGAGGAAACAUUUCAAAAUCGUGCACAAUUUCUUCGAAUAACGUGCGAACGAACGAACGAACACCAUGACUCAACGUAAUAUAAUAACACGCCGGGACGGCUUUAGGCACCGACGACGACGGUGUGCACCGAUGCGUUCAACGACAGAAUGGAAGAAUAAUGUCGGGGACAAAGCACUAUUUGCUAGUGUGAAACGGUGAUAAGUCGUAAAAGUGUGCUUCGUGCGCGACUACGUUGCGAAAGAUAGUAGAAAGAGAUAGUCUCGUAAGGUGAGUAAUUCGAAAAAUGGCCGUAUUAUUAUUGUUACUUUUGUCGCGCUUAUUAUUGCUAUUAUUGUUAUUAUUAUCAUUACUACUAUUAUUAUUAUCGAGAGCGGAGUCCGCGACCCUAAUUCGACCAGACUACGUUAAAAACCAAUUGCGAAAAUUGCAAUUUCACCUUGUGCCUGUUUUUUCGUCCGGAUAAAAGACAAAAGCGCGGUGAGAGGCGUGCAACGAGCAACGAAUGAGCAACGAGAAGGUUGACGAUGGUUGAAAAAAAAGAAAAAAUGAGGCGGAAAAGAAGGAGCAAGAGAGGAAGGAUUCGUGGCACGUUUCGAUGACCGCUAGAAAACACAACCUUUCGACUUCGAGGCCCAUCUCUCUACUCGUUAUAUAGCCGGUCGUUCCGUCUCGAGCGGUUGGAGAAUUCGUUGACCACCCAUCGGGUGGUGGUUUCUGUUGUCGCGAACCGAACGUUCCCCUGGGACCGAGAGGAUUGACUCGUCGCGCGCGGAUUCUUUGGUGAAAAAAAAGGCGCAGAAGAAGAGGCGGGACGAGGACGGCGGCUUUAUGUUAAACGGAUUAGACAGCGGAAUGCGUUGUCUCGAUGAAUUGCUCCCAUAUGCCCGCUAAACGAUCGCAUUCUCAGAAGUCAUCGUGGAAUGUCAAGAUACGGAGAAUCGUGCAUCGCGACCGGAAUAAACUUCUUCUACUCUAAUUGCUCGCGUGACUAUGUUCGAUGAACGUUGCCAAUCGACGUUUGCAUUAACGGAGGAAACUACCUACAUAGUAUAAUGCGGCCAGCUUGUUUUUACACGGGUGCAAAACUCUACUGACAAACGGACGCUCGAGUUCAACGCGUUACUUAUCAAGCCGAUCACUUAAUUACACCAUUUCUAUAUGUUCGCCGGUUUUUACGUCGCGCGGAACCGGCGAUACUUUCUAAAUCUCUAAAUUAGAAGGGAAAAUUCAAAUUUCAAACUGGUCUCGGGACAUACCGACUAAUUAGAGCUUUUCGACGGAUACCAACGAAGAAUGCGUCGCUACGAAUGGGCACGUGGCUCCACAGCGUGCGCCAAUCUCAGAUAACAUCUAAAAAAAGGUUCUCGAUCCUAAUUCGAAGUGUGGACACCAUGAGACCUUAUUUGUAUUUCGUACCUACGGCGACAUUCCACGUCACAGAUAACAUCCGAUGAUCCUACGAGGUGGGGCGAAAACGACGCGACACCGCAGGACGCGGCACCCAUAACCGUCUUCCUCCUCGGGGACCUCCGUCGUAGAAACUGGCGUGUUUCCCUUCCUCGUAUUUUCCUCUCUCUCUCUUGUACGCGUUCGUAUUUAGAAAACGCCGGAUAACCCGCAGCUGGAGAAACUAGCAGGGACGAGGAAACGAGAGGAAGAGCGAAAAAAUCGAGAAUCUCGCCGCGAUAUAUCGUUCUGCGUUCGACGGCAAUCUGGUCGUUUGUCCCGUCGACGAAGGAAAUUACACUGUGCCGAAAAUCCGGCAAAUUCGAAGUACACCCGAGGAUCGUUGAAUUCCUGUGCAGCGGUGGCCGGCUACGAAAAAAGAUUCGAAGCGACGUUUUGACCGCCACUGUCGAAGGACGUGCACAUAUCUGUAGUCGAGAGUGGUCCUGAGGACUCGGAUUAAUCGGGGACAAGGCAAGCACAUUACCGUGGCUCCAGAUAGCAGUAGGAUAGCGCCACGAAAACCACCGUGAAACUCCGAGAACCCGACACCCGGGUUCGUUGAAAGCCCGUGGUAGAGCGGCCUGUCGACGAGAGAAAGACACCGGCAGGCCGAAAUGGAGAGAGAGAGGCUAAAUUGGUCCCUGGGCCUCCACCGAAUCUGUGACGGGUUAAUCCUCCCGGGUUCCACGAAGCAGGAGAGAAGAAGUUGCCCGCGGGAGAAGAUUAAAGAAAAGGAACUGCGGCAGAGAGAUGGAAUUGGAAUCGGAAACUUCUGUUGUUGGGAGAAUUUUUGCUACGUCCGGCCGAUUUCUACGGAUCACGAUCAACCACCGCGAGCACGGACCACCAGAGUUUUCUGCCUAAAAAUAUUUUUCCGAUAAACGAUUCGUCGAGAACGCUCGUUCAGGAAUUUUACAUCGUAAUUAUCUAGAAAUGAUUCGCACGGCAAUUCUAAGAUCGUAUCUAAUUGUCGCGCGUGUGUACCAGAGACACGCGUGUACGACAGAGAUCGCGCUCGGCCUGCGUAUACUACGGCUAUAGAGGAUAUCCUGCGUCGUGUACACUUAACGACGAUUCACGGCUACCCUGACUAAUUAUUCCGCUGUCGCGGGACCUCGCGUAGAAUGCAAGGGUCAUGCAGGUUGUCGCCUCGAUGCGCUCGGCAGGCUUUCGGAACACGAUUAAAAGGACGCAUGUCGCCGCAAACGAUGACAACUACCUACCACUGGCAUUCUCUGACUGUAGCCACGACGAUCCUUAUCGAACGAUACACACACACACACACAAUUGCGGUACUCGCACGUUUCCUGUAUCUACCGGAGCAUCUUGGGACUUGUACACAAUAGCGUUGGUGGUUAGUAACGAUCGAAGUUUGUCGCCAUCUCCGUGGAUCGUUUCCACGAUGUUGAUGGAUUACGAUCUCAUCGUGUUUGCGACAGAUAGGAGUUGAUUUCAACGUGUGUGUUACAAGCGUCUAUUUGCUAAAACAUUAUGUUUACGAUUACAAUUUCCAUCCAAUCCUUGAACGCUGUUUCAAAGGGGAAAGAGAAACUUUUGCAGAGUAGAAAAACGCGAUCGAGUGAAAAGUGCAGACGGUAAGAAAUUGUAAUAACUAUGGAAAACGAAACAGAUUAACGAUCGUAGAUGAUAUUGAAAAUGCGACGAUAUCGUUUUACAGAGGAAGAGGUAACGCGAACGACUAGGGAACUGACUCGGCGCGAUGUAAAGGGAACGGCGCUAAGAAUGUCAAGGUGCUGCGGUGACUCGAAAAUUGCCUGCGCGAGUGUGUGGUCUGUGCACUAAUGCGCUUUAAUUGUGACCCUCUGCAACGUGCGGCAACUCCUUCUUUUCCACCGGUUUACUACCGCGCAACACACUCGAACAGGGAAAGGCUGAGCGUAAACGUAGCACGGCGCGGCACGGCGUACGUGUACAAGAUGCACGCAACAACGCGAUACCUGGCUUGCGCGAUUGUGACAUCGGGUUAAGAUAGGUGCAGUUACGGAAAUUGAAUAAUAAUUGCAGACCUCGGUCACCCUUCUCCCUUCCUUCAAACGCCGCUUCCAUAGCGCGGCAACGGUUCAAGGGAAGAAAAAAGAAAAAGUCUAAUAACCCUGCUCGCCUCGCUAGUCGCUAGGCCACGCUCCUCUGGCCUAUCUGUCGAUCUCCUUAAUUAGAAUUCCGUUGGAAAGGCGAAAACAAUGGUACGCCAAGUGCCGGUAGUCCGCGAGAAGAUGGUCUAUACUCUCAGACCUUGCAACGUCAUCCGAUGUUCGUGACUAGUGGAUUCCUCUCGUCCUAUGUCUAUUUACUUUUUCACGUUGGCGAUCCGAAAUUUUCGAGUUUCGAUGUUUUAAUCGAGUCGCCCGUGACUCGCCAGAAAUAAUAGUUAGAGGGGGAAACAGGGGUAAAUUAGAAGAUCGAAGAACGGUGGUACGUGGUACAUUGUCUUGCACGAUAUAUGGCUAGAUCCCGAGGCUAUGAUCGAUAUCUAGAUAAAAUAUCGCGGAGGUAGAGUAAUCGGCCCUUAACCGUCGUACAUAAAUCAAACGACUUCAUUCACGGCGAAAAGAAACAACGUUUCGUACGAUGUAUGCGACAUAACGAUGCGUAAGUGGAUUUGGAAAACCGGUAGAAAACCUGAUUACCGCUUUCUCGUUCCCUCCUCGGUUUCUACGGGCAAUAGCGCGCGCGCGCGCGCAACCGCUGGCCGCGUUUAAUGAAGUGGCCUCUGUAGUUGCUCGAUAAUUUAUGAGCUCGUAUUAAUUACGGAAAUAUCGGGUACAAAAGUGGAUUGAUUUUACCGGACGGUCGAAAAGUAUCAUAAUAUUGGUAAAUGGAAACGAAGGAACGAGCGAACGACCUGACUGCAAACACGUUGUAGCCUGUCGAAGGUUGUUGGCGUUAUAAAGUUUUCAAUUUCUUUUUCGCGGCCGCGCUAUUCAUGCGAGAAGGGAUUCCAGUUAAUGGCCAAGAUCGGUCUGCGGAGAGGCGGCAUCGAACUUACAAGGUGAAAUUUGCCAGACCGCUUCCAAAAAGCUGCCUCAUUUCUUGAUUACACCGUCGGUAUACGGUUCAACAAUUAUGCAAAACAGCCGUCCUUUUAUUCGCGCCCCGGUGCAUCGUCCCGCAACGCUGUUAUUAUUCUCUCGAGAGAACAAAAAACGUUGCGACGAAUAAUGCACUUCCGCCACAAAACUAUACCUAAUAAUUCCUGCUGCAUUCAACGUGGUAACAAACGAGAAUGACAUUACCGAAUAACAGCAUUAUCUUUUUAAAUGUUCGCCUUUACCGUCACGUUAAUUAACGUGUAUCGUGGAUGGCCGCGUACUUGCCAACACACAGCUAGUCCUAUAAGUUAAGCGCCUGUAUCAUAAACUGCUAUAAUUCUGCGGAUGUCAAAAAACUGGACGACAACGACGAUGACGGUCUUCCGCCGUAGAAAAUGUCCUCGUGGUCGUCGUUGUGGAUAUUCGUAGCUGGCAAGCGAACACGGUCGGUGAUUCUUUUUCCGUUGCGUAAUACACGACGCAAGCUAAUGCGAUUAAAAAGGCAUUACGAUUACGUUCAAUUAUUAACAAUUAGAAGAACGGCAAAAAACAUAAUUACCCGCCAUUAAUCAACAAGCCUGCGCCCGCUUCUUCGCAACCGUUUAUACCUAUCUCCGUUUCACACGCGCGUCUUCUUUUCUUUCCUGCUUGCGUUACCUAUCGUCCCACCAUAUCCACUACCACCACCUAUCCACCAACGAUUACCUUAAUUCACAAAUACCGCGAAAUGUUUACUCUGUGGAAAAUAACUCUGAAAGAAUAGCGAACAAGGCCGAAGAUAAUACCAAAAGAUAAACGCGAUAACUUAAUUUCAUGACUAAAACAUGCUUAUUGUCUAACAUGGUUCAACCGAUCAACCGUUCAACGCGGUCGGUGUCGUCUUAAAUUUCACGAUUCCUUUAAUUUUCCAAUUUAGAAAUUGCUCCAGUUUUUCAAUUUAGAAAGGCCUCCGAGCUUCUUAAAUUUCGUACGAACGAAUUUCCAAAUUACUCGAGUUUCACGUUUGGAACGUUCCACUCGAAUCUACAUUGCGAACGUAAGAAGGAGACUCCAUGAUAAUUAUUCAUCAGAUUCUGUUACACGUCAGCUACGAUCGGUUAAGUAAUACGCGAUCAUAGUUACAAGUAGUCGGAGCUUGUGUUUGAAAUUUAUCGUCGGUACUGCGAGUAAUUAUCGGUUUCUAUAAAACUUUUUCAACGCCUCGCAUGCGCGCAAUUUUCCACGCAUGAAGACCGUGAUACGCCAACUGGGGAAGCGCAGCAACGCUGCAAUUUAGUAAUUAAUGGUGACAUUGCGGAUAAUUAACUGCCGUAAAUAAUUGUAAUUGUACUUAAGUUCUAUCCGUUGGUCGCGACUAUGCUGACGAGGGAAAAAAGAAAAAGAAAAAAAGCGACGAAUGCACCGUUGCGUGUUCUUUACUGGCAAACCUAGCCCAUCUUCAUCGCGGUCGUCAUCGCCGUUGUCGACGGUACCCGAGUCCGGUCUCGCUUUGUUCAAGCAAGGAUGAGCCUGUUCUUGGAACUGCUACGAGGACGAGAGACUAAUGCACGUAACGACAAAUACGACACAUAUCAUUCGAUACGAGGAGGAGGAGGAGGAGGAGGAGGAGGAGGAGGAGGCGGCGAGCACGCUGUCCCGCAGACAAGUCCUGCGAGCAGCACGAGUAGCUCGAGCCAGGUGACUCAGGUGAGCCUACAACAGGUGAGCCAACAAGCUCACCAACAACAAUCGGUACCGCCACCUACUACGACGACACCUCAAUCUACUCAGAUGGGAAUCUCUACGGAAGAGGUGAGGACCGAGGAAGAGAGCAGCCACCCUAGAGCAGCGCCGACCAGCCCUGAAAGUGAAACCGAGGUCGACGACUUUGCACCGAAAAGGAAACAACGCAGAUAUAGGACUACCUUCACCAGCUUCCAAUUGGAGGAACUCGAGAAAGCUUUCUCGAGAACUCAUUAUCCCGACGUGUUCACCAGGGAAGAAUUAGCGAUGAAGAUCGGUCUUACGGAAGCACGAAUACAGGUUUGGUUUCAGAAUCGACGCGCAAAGUGGCGGAAACAGGAGAAGGUUGGGCCUCAGGCGCAUCCGUACAAUCCGUACUUGGGAUCAGGUGCGCCACCACCAUCGGCGGUCGUCGCGCCGACCUUGCCGAACCCUUUCGCCCACCUGGGCACGUUUCCCCUGAGGAAACCCUACGACGCAUUUCGUUACCCACCUUUGGGUCACGGACCGGUCCUUCCCGGUAGUUACGCCGCUCAUCCCUAUCAUCGCGCGCCGCCACAUUUGCUACCACCUGGAAUGCCUCUGCCUUACACGUCGGCCGCGUCCUUUCAAAGUCUCCUGGCGAACAUAUCCGCAGCGCAGAGGCCGAAAUUGGUACGCGGUUCACCACCUCCGCCUCCGCCUCCAACGGCGCCCGCGAUCAGUCUCGCGCAUCCACCGGUUCCACCGCCGCCGCCGACAGCCAGUUCACCCCAAGGUUCGCCCACGGGUAGCGUCGGACUGCCCGACAUCGACAGACGAACCAACAGCAUCGCCUCUCUCAGACUCAAGGCCAGAGAAUACGAACUCCACCUGGAGAUGCUUCGCAAGAGCGGAGAUCUCAUCAGCUGAAGAGACUCGCUGUUCUAAAAACAGAUAGAAACUGCGAUUCCAUCACCGGUGCCUCUACAUCUACUCUGAUUCAUUGAUCCAAAUCGUCAACCACGACGAUGGUCGUCAUCUCUUCCCGUCGAACCACUGUUUCCUUUGACCCAGAUCGAGCAAACGGAGCCAGUGGAACGGAACUGCGUGGAAAAACCUGAAACGCGGCCUACCAUGCUGGCGUGGCCGAUGCGACAAGUGGUGGAAAAAUUCGCUCGUAACCUCCGAGAUACGCGUUGCCCAAUGCGAUCCUGCCGACCGAUACAAAGUAUAAACGUCUCCUUAGGUCCACGCUUUCGUAUGUUUCGUACAAGAUACGAGCCAAAGAAGUCGCCGCGAAGUAGCCGACCACUUUGUAAUUAAUCGCGUGUACGCGGAGGAAGGUUGAACAAUAGUUAUCCUUCUUUCACUUUGUGAUCACUUUGUGCCUUCGUUACGUAAUAUCUAAUCUUAGGAACGCUGGACUCGAUUGUAUUUCAAAUUGCGUGCCAGCGAUUAUCGAGUUAAAGAGGUAAACCGAACGCGAUCUCGGGAUACUUGUCAUCGUCUUAACUAUCGUUGGCUCUUAUGGAAUUCGAAGACUCUCGGUAAGACUUUAGGCAACAUGCUUCGUGCGACAGAUUUCUUGCAAUACACAACGCGAAACCAACGAUUCAAGCGUCGCGUCUGCGUUGACAACUCGAGCGGCUGUUUAGAAAACUCGCAAUUAGUAGACGAGUUUUUUGAUGGACGUUGGAAUUGUCAUUGCUCUUUAGCAUGGACCGUGACCCAAUGAAUCAAUGACUCAAGCGACAGACAGUUUUUACGACAUCGUUCAUUAAAAGAAGGACGAUAUACCUGUCCAUGUACAAACACGUUUCUUCAACCUUUCUCUUAAUGUCAUUCAGAAUACCGACUCUACGUUUAGACGAUUACGGAAAGAACGAAGAAUCAAGCGAAUGUGUUUCUUCGUAUACAAUAAUGCGUAUAAUAUGCAGUAACGGUGAGGCAAUGUUUCCAGCUAUAACAUACGUAUAUGUAUAGUAUACAUAUUUACGCGAAGUGCUUCGGAAUGUCUUUCAAAUCUAUCUUUCAGCGAUCGUGAAAAUUUAGGAUCCCGCGAAUACCGAUUUCGCCAAAACAACGACAAGUGCCUUUGUGAUCAUGGCUCGCGAGAAGCAUCCGAUGAGAUGACACCGGGACGAGAACAUACAGAAUUUUCGUGGAAUUUACAAGUGCGUUGAACGCGGAUUCGAUAGAUUUGAAAAACAAUCGGCGAAAGGAUGGAGGACGUGGUCACUCACCGUGUUUGGCGAACCGAGAACAUCUACUUGCGAUUAUAAGAUUAUUUUUAAGCAAACAUCAUCGAAAGAUGUCCGUCCAGAAAAAUACUUGGCUACGCGACAAGAACUUCGCUCUCGAGUAUAUUUUUAAUCGUACAAGACUUUUAUCGUCAAUAUCGAAAUUGUUAUGUUUUAUUCUAACAAGGAGAGUUAACGUUUCGAACCAAUGAAAUUGUAAGACGCGAGUUAAAGGAUUUUUGGCGAAAUAUUCGUCCGAUACGAACGAAAUUAUUCAAUUUCGGUUAUUUCUUUAUUUUUACAUAGAUCGUCGUACGCAUUUUAGAUAAGAGAAAAUACUAUUUAUAUACGCGUUCUUUAAUUCUUCAAUGUUCAACGACAAGUUAUAAUAAGUUUUACGACUGUAUAAGUAUACCUAGUUGCGUAAGUUACCUGUAAAUAAUUUACGAUGUAACUUUGUGAGGGGAUCUUGCAAAUAAUUUUCCGACUGCGUAUCGCACGACGAUAUUAGACUUUUUUUUUUCGAAAGUCGUUUCAGAGGAGCAACGUUCCAAACGUUCGCAUCGUACCAUAGUGAAGGAGAAAUGUUACGAUUCCUCAGAUGUUAGUAUAAAGAGUGAUCAAUCUAUUCGAAGAUCUUGGACAAAACGAAAAAAAUACAAUGUCGUUCAAACGAUUUCUCGUUUCAUUUUCCACGAGUAAAAACGAACACUAGAUUUCCA